AUGUCACUUAUGAUAAAAACGAUUUUGUUCUACUUAGAAUGUAUACCAACGAACUCUCGUUUUCUCAAAUUGCCUUCUAUUCAAAGCAUCACAUCGUCACUAGCUAAUGUAGCUCAAACAGCCAUUUGCAAUACCUUAUUGCCAUUCUCGACCAAUCCACCAGUCUUUGUCGGUCCUAAUGAAGGUCAAGAUUUGGCUGUAUUGACUUAUGGUAAUUCCUCACGCGUGAUUAAACUUCGAGGGACACAAACUGGUGGACGAGUGAUGAUUAUGGAAGGGCAAAUACUCAUUGGUGAAGGACCACCGAUUCAUAUUCAUACUCGAGAAGAUGAAUCCUUUCACGUGCUCGAAGGUGAAUUAGAAUUUCAAGUCGGUGAAACAAUCAUAAAAGCGAAAGCUGGUCAAUGGAUUUAUGCACCGAUCGGUAUCAAACACACAUUUCGAAAUGUCAAUUCAACCAAUGCUCGACUAGAAUUCGUCUUUACGCCAGCUGGAAUCGAGAAUUAUUUUGAAGAAAUAAAAAAAAUGUUGUCAUGUUUUCUUCUUGCAAUUAAUUCAAUACGCGUUGCUAUUCCAUUAAUAAGUUUAUUUGGAUCAGCUCCAACAUUUUUUAUUCUUUGGUUUGUAUUACGUUUAAUAACAUUUAUUUUUUGUCCUCAUUAUAUUUAUCGUCGUUGUGAUGAUUAUUUGUAUUCAUUUUAUCAAAAAUUUGUUCUUUUUUUCUUUGAAAAUUGGGUUAAUUGUAAAAUUUAUUUUCAUGGUGAUUAUCAAGAAAUAAUUAAAAAAAAAGAAAAUGUUUUGUUUAUAUCAAAUCAUCAAAGUUCGGUUGAUUGGAUAAUUGCAAAUAUGUUAGCUGUUCGUCAGGGUAGUCUUGGUCAUAUUAGAUAUAUUCUUAAAACUGAAUUAAAAUGGAUCCCAUUAUAUGGAUUUUAUUUUCAACAACAUGGUUGUAUUUAUGUUCGACGAAAUGAUAAAGGAGAUUUAGAACGUGUUGAAAAAGGAAUACGUCAAAUAAAAUCAAAUGGUUUACCUGUUUGGCUUGUUAUUUUUCCCGAAGGUACUCGAUAUAAUCCAGUUAAAAGUCAAGAUGUUAUUCAACGAUCACGACAAUUUGCAAAACAAAAAGAUGUUCCUCCAUUUGAUCAUGUUCUUUAUCCUCGAACAGGUGCAACAAUAGCUGCUAUAAAUGCACUUAAAGAUAAAUUCGAUGCUGUUUAUGAUGUAACUAUAAUGUAUUCUCAAACUUAUGAUAAAAAUCAACAAAUGCGAAUAGCUGCAGCAUCAAUGGGUGAAUUUUUACAAGGUCAAACCAAAGAAUUACAUAUUCAUAUAAAACGAAUUCCAAUUGAUUUAAUUCCAAGUGCAACAAAUGAACAAAUAUCGAAUUGGCUAUAUCAAAGAUUUAUUAUUAAGGACAAAUUAUUAAAAAAUUUUUACGAUCAAAAUCGAAAUAAUAAAUAUUUAUUAGAUAUUGAUUCAAAUCGAGAAGGUAUUCAAGCGGAAUUACAUUUAACUGAUACAAUAUUUUCUUGUAUAUUUUUUCUUUUAACAACAUGUUUAUUAUUAAUAACGCCACAAGGUCGUUCACUUUAUUGGCAAAUAUGUUUAUUUGGUCCACCAAUAAGUCUUUUAUGGAUGCAUAUUUUUCCUCAAAAAAAUUUUAUUUAG